AUGAAAACAUUUUUGAGUACUAUUCUCAAACACCAAGGCCGCACAUUGCGUCGUCGAGUCCAACUUCUCUCGGACCUGCAUCUUGAGAUCGGCCAACAGUACUUGUCCUACACAUUCCCUGCAUCUGCCCCAUUUCUGCUCUUAGGAGGAGACAUCGGACGGCUCAUCGACUACGAUAGGUACUUGAAAUUUCUCGAAACACAGGUGUCCCGGUAUAAAAAGGUUUUUCUAGUGUUAGGAAACCACGAGUUCUAUGGUCUAGACUAUCACGCAGGGCUCAAAGAAGCGCGGCGUCUUGUGGAGGAACCGUCUCUUGCCGAUGCCGUUAUUCUCCUGGAUAAGACCCGAUGGGACGACCCAAACUCGGCACUGACCAUCAUCGGCUGCACGCUCUGGUCCGCCAUUCCAGAGGAAGUCUCUGCUAUUAUUGAGUCCAAGAUCAACGACUUUAAAAAGAUUGACGGGUGGACUGCUCAGACACACAACGAAAUCCACGCUAGGGAGGCCGCAUGGCUGCGCGAGCAAGUUGCUCAGGCAGCCACAGAGCAGAGCGCCGAAAGGCAGCUUCUAGUAGCGACGCACCACGCGCCUUGCGUGGAAGGCACUUCUGCGCCCCGAGAUACAAAUAACCCCUGGACGCCCGCCUUCGCGACCGAUCUCCUGCGUCAGGAGGGCUGGGCUGGCAUUCAUACCUGGGCAUUUGGCCAUACACAUUACUCGACAGAGUUGGUGCGGAACGGCGUCAGACUGGUGGCCAACCAGCGGGGAUACGUACUGCCGGGUAGUACGGCACAAAAGGUGUCUGGGAAAUCUCACAACUUUGAUCCGGGAAUGACUAUCGAGUUAUAG